AUGCCAGUGCCUCAGGAUAUUAUUAUUCAAGCAGGUCAUCGCCCGAAAUACGCCUUCCUGGCUCAUCCCCCACCCCCUAAAAAGCGUCCUACACAACCCCUGCCUUCACCACCUUCGUACGCCAGGAUAGUUGUUCCUCAGGCCGCCCCGCGCAUCCGCCCUCGCUCGAAUACUUUUUCUACAAUCACCGCUUGGGCAGCCCACGUCCAGCCUGGAUCUCCUGCAUCUCUUUCUCCGCGUUCUCCGCGUCGCCGUCCCUCGAUCGGCCUGCGGUCGCAGAGCAUCCAUUACACACCCCUUCCACUGUCCAUCGCAACGCCGCAACCCCCUCGAUACAGAAUUUUAAAGCCGACCUCACCACCGUCGGCUAUACUUCUGCCUUUUUACAGUUCCCUAAGACUCCCAUUCGCGUUCAAGCCUCACACUGCUGAGGCCGGGCAUCAGAUUCCAAUACCUCCUGUGCCCACAUCACCGACACGCAAAUCUCGCGGGCUUACACGCCUACGUUCCCUGUCUGGACUCAAGUACCGCGGCAGAUCCAAGUCCGCAGCGCCUUCGUCUCCCACAAAGAUGAAGGCUAAAGCAGCAGCAGCGUCGUCUGCUGCUGUAGUCAAGCGCAAGAAGGCGAACAUGGAAUCCAACAUCAAACGUGUCAUGGAGGCUCAGGCCAGAGCUGGGGCUCCCGGUGUUAGUGAUGUCUACCGUGAUGGCGAAGGUGGUGUUUGGUGGGAUCAGGACGAGGAAUGGGAGUAUGCCCAUCUCCUCGCCGCCGGCGAGGAUGGUGCCGCUGGCGGUAUGGGUGACCUAGGGUGGGUUACUUUUGGCGGGGACAAAUCAUCCUCCGCUAACCCUGACGUUGACGAGGAGCGUCGCGGUAGCGUUUCAACCCAAGACUCUGACUUGGACACGCGCUACAUCGUCCAGCCCACUGACCAUCUUGACACGGAUGAUCUCGCUGUCUUCGGAAGCGCUCUUACACCCCUCGCUACUCGCAAGCCAGCAAUGUCUGUCCUCGCGCUCCCAUCUCGUCCUCGGCGCGCCGCUAAGCACCUUCACAAACCCGACUACCUUUUGAACGUCGCGUUUUCCGGGGGCUUCGCAUCUCCCAAGAGUCCCGCUUUUGCGAUGUCGGCAUGUGCAAAUGGUGUCGCUAAGCCCAAGGGCAAGGCGCGCAGACGCCCUGCGCCACUGACGCUCACCCCUCCCAGCCCUGCACUGAGGCAGCCGUCGAACUCUCCCAUGGAUGUUGAACGCACCCGCAAGGACUUUUUUGAGUCUUCGUUCGAGCCUAUAGCUUCUGCUGUCCCUUCUGCUCCAGCUAUGUACAAGGACGAGCGUGGCAAAUUCCCUGCGCGCCUCGACCUCUUGCAGCCCAACAACAGCAACUCGCUGAGUUUUCCCUGCAAGAAGACUCUUGCCAAGAAGCCGUCGAGGCUCAACAUGAUAGGCUUCUUCAAGUCCUCGAAAAAGUAG